GUCCCAAUAUUCACUCCAUUUUUUCCUCUGUGGAUAUGUAGCCUUUCUUUCCUUCUUUAUCCACUUAUUUAACAACAAAAAAAGGCGAAGCUCUCUUCUUCAUCAUUACUGCGAGGUAAUCUAAAAGCAACUCCUUUCUGUAGCUUUGUUCUCAUCUUCAAGUCCCCAUCCCAUCAUUAUUACUUCAAACUGCUCUUUGUUCUUUCUUGUUUUGGAGCUUUUCUUUGCCGCCCUCUCCUCCAAAAAGCUUGGAAACUGAUUUUCUUUCUUUUCUUUAUCUUUGCCCCUGAAAUGAAAUCUUGGGUUUGAAAUGAUAAUAAAAUCCCGGGAAUGCCAUGCUUUCCUUCCACGAAAGCCCAAGAAAUUGUCCCUCCAGAAAUGGUCUCUCGUUUUUUUAAAUCUAUUUUGCUGUUAUUUUUUUGAAAUCAACAUGAAAAUGCAGACAUAUCAUGAAGACAUGAACUGAUACAUACAUUGAACAAGAGAUUCAAAUAUGGAAACUCACUGCAUUUCGUUUCUUUAUUCUGCUAGUCGUUUGAAAUUAUGAUUGAAAUUUGUCAUUUGGGAUUGUAUUUUAUUUUACUUUGUUAUACUCAUUUUUGCUUCCUUAGAAAAGAUGUGAUUUUCUGGGCAAAGAAAAGAGGAACUGAUUCUUGAAAUGGAGUGGGAUUGUGAAAGCAUGGUAAUGCUCAGCUCUAAACACAAUGGCAGCAGCAUUGACAGUUCUUCCAGUGGUGUUUAUGCUUUCCCGCGAGAAAACUCGACCAAGAAGGCGGAGAAAAUUGAACUUUCCAGAAAGGACGAGAAGGGCGAGGAGAAAAACGUCAAAUCAUCUCAUCCUGUUGGAUCUGCAGAACCAUUAAUAGGGUUGAGGCUUGGGAGGAGAACAUAUUUCGAGAACAACAAUGUUUCAUCUUCCAUCAUCGUCCCUGUCUUUCCUAAGAGGGCAAAACCGUCUUCUGCUCUUUCUCCGCAAAUCCUGCGCUGUCAGGUUGACGGCUGCAAUCUUGAUCUUUCUUCUGCUAAAAGUUAUCACCAGAAGCAUAGAGUUUGUGAUAAUCAUUCCAAAUGCCCGAAGGUCUUUGUAGGCGGAGCUGAGCUUCGGUUUUGCCAACAGUGUAGCAGGUUCCAUGGCUUAUCUGAGUUUGACGAAAUGAAACGGAGCUGCCGCCGGAGACUUUACCAUCACAAUGCCAGACGGCGUAAUCCACGUCAACAGUUUAAUUCCACCCGGCCAUCUUCUUCCUUUUAUGAUGAGAGGCAACAAAUGAAUACUGUGGUCAACAAAGGUCAACUUGUCCUCUCAAAAACUGCUGUGAACUCAAGCUGGGAUAGUUACAGCUCUAAGUAUACCAUCAGUGAUGAAUCAACUUUGGAGCCUGAAAAAAGUAACAGCAUAGUCUCAUAUGUGCCAAGUGCAACUGGCGGCAAUGCAUGGAGUUGGCCAUUCACAUCUGAUGGAACCACAGCUGAGUUCUUCAAUCAAGGAAGCAAGGGAUACUCUAUCUUCUCUUCAAACGACGGCACAAUACCUGAGCUUUGUGCUCUCUCUCUUCUGUCAGCACCUAAAUUCAUUUCAAAUGGUAGCAAUGUGAAUCCAGACCAGAGCAGCUAUCCCGAGGCAAUGCUGCAGGAGAUCAUCCCUCAUCAGCUCAUAAUGCCUCUUGCCUCAUCAGAGUACUAUUGGCAGUGGCAGCAGCAGCCUUCAAACAAUCUCCAUGCCCAUCAUACCCUUGCUCCCAACUCUACCAUCAACACUGGUCUCUUUCCAGAAACUCAACUCUUCAAAGCUCCUUGUGACACAGACUUUUACUUCACUACUUUCAAAUGAGAUCAUAAAAUCAUCUCCCCCCCCUUUAAUUUUACUUUUCCCCUCUUUUCAGUAUUAUGAAGUGACUGUAGUUACCGUAGUACUAAGAGGUGGCUGAGCAUUUUGAAAUUUGGAUUUUUAGUGUUUCGAAAACUGGCGAUCUCCAGGAGGUUACGAGUGCAUAUAAAAUUCCUUAGAUAUUGAACUUCCAAAUUCAGAAGUUGUAGCUUGAAGUUCUUAAAUGCUUGGUUUUUACAUAUUGUUUAGGGAAGCUAGCGCG